AUGAGACCAAAUCCAAAUAAUUUCCUUGACUGCUUCUUCCGGAUACCCAUCCCCAGUACAAUUGAGCACAGUGUCUUAAGCUAUACACCGUGGCAGACGGCUCGUCAUUGUCACCUGGCACUUACUCGAGCAGCACUGACUAUCCGCGCCACACAACUCACCAUUAUUGAUGCACAUAAUAUCCCCAGUGAAAUCUUCCGGCAAUCUGCAGAUAUUCCUCGCCCCUCCCACGGUGACCUCAUUGCAGACAAGUGGACGAUCACAGUCAUUGUUGUUAGUGCAAGACACACCAUAAAACCUAUCCAUCUUAUCGAGGCACUGCAUUUGAUCUCGAUUGUACAAGCCAUGCCGACAGACCAGUCCCGGAUUGCAUUGGGAAUCAUCCAUACACUUAGCACCGAAUUGGCCCUCUGGCUUCGCACACAUGAGAUGACACAUGCCGGAGAGGCAGGAAUCGGGGUCUGCAUUGCAGAACCAUUGGAGAGAGGGGCAAACGCGGAGAUUGUUGGGUCCGCAUGCCAUGUCUCCUAUAGCUUUGUUGACGGCUUCUUGGUUCUCGCCGAGGAGGAGGUCGUUUGUGAGUCCGUUGAUGUAGACAUCUAG